UUCAGCACAAUGAACCUCUUCUUGGGAGGCAUAGAUUGACACAAGCGGUGGGAGUAAUUGCAUUUCCCUAUUUCUCCCUCCAAAGCGACUCAUCUGAUAUUUAUUUUGAUUUUCAAUAUUCUAAUGAUCUAGGCCCUGAAGCGGAGUCAGCCAUAUUAUGUAAGGGUAAAUGUUAUUGUAUGCGCAGGAUUCGCACCUGUCAGUGCUGGAAAGGGAGUCAUAAUAGGGUGACGUCACUUCUCCUCGCCGGAAGAGAAGAUUGGUGUGCCUUCUGUCAGAGGAAGAGAAAGGUUUGGUGUGUUGGUUUUUUUAGAAAGCUGUUGUUUGACUGGAGUAUCUUAAAAUACUAUGGCAGAGAAGUGGACCAGUGGACACUCUUCUUCAAUAUUAUGUUUGAAUGUGAGCAAAGAUGGCCUCUUGGCAUCCGGAGCAGAAGGAGGGGAGCUUACAAUCUGGAAUGCGGAAGGGAGUCCAUUAGAACAUGCACAGAUCCAUAAAACAGAUGAUGUCACUAGUGUGGUGUUUUCUCCCACCUUUCCAAAGAGACUGUAUGCAUCUCAUGGGGAGACUAUUAGUGUCUUGGAUGCCAGGUAUCUCAAGGAACCAGUUGAACAUUUCCAUGUAAAUGAGGAAGAGAUCAAUUGUCUCUCAGUAAAUGAAACUGACAGCUUCUUAGCUGCUGCCGAUGAUUCUGGAGCAAUAAAGAUAAUUGACUUGGAAAGCAAGAAGUUAAGCCGCUGCUUGAGAAGACAUUCAAAUAUUUGUUCAUCUGUAGUGUUUCGACCUCAGAGGCCUCAAAGCCUUAUUUCAUGUGGCAUGGAUAUGAAGGUCAUGAUGUGGAACUUGCAGAAAGCUCGCCCGCUGUGUGUUGUGAACUUGCAAGAAGAGGCAGCAGAUGAGCAGUCGGCUGGCCAGCUCUUUAACCCACCCUUGGCCCAUUGUCUGUCUGUGUCUAUUUGUGGCAAUAUUUUUGGUUGCGGAGCUGAAGAUGGAAAAAUCAGAAUCUUCCAGGUAGUAGGUUCUAAGUUUGAACAGGAGAUGGCAUUUAAGGGUCACUCUUUAGGAGUGUCACAGGUUUUCUUUUUACCAGAACCCUACCAGUUCAUUACAGGAGGAAAUGAUGGUAAAGUUUUAUUGUGGGACAUCAGCAAUGAAGUAAGAAAGCUGAAGAGUCCAGUCAAGUCCAUUCCCAGAAGGAAGACUAAGAUGUCAAACACCAAGACAGUUGAUAAAACAAACACAGAGCUUACAAGUGGGUCUGUGGGCUUUUCACCCAAACUAACCAUUGAGCAUGGAGAGAAAGUGAACUGGAUUUCAUUCACAGACAUUAAAGGUUCUAGGAGAGUACUGGUUGCCGAUCAGUCUAACAGUAUAUCUGUUUAUCCUAUUCCUGAAUCUUAAACAUAUCUAACUAGAUAACUGACUCCUUGGUAUACAGAGUCUACCUGUUUAGGACUUUUUUUGGGAAGCACCAUCUUUAUUACCUCAAAUAAAUAAUUUAGUUGACAAACCCAAUUCAUUCUAUCAGUAAUGAGAUUUCUUGGGCUAAACCUGGUAUAAUUGUACUGGUGAACUGGCAAUACAAACUUUUGGGUUAUAAAUAUAUAUAAAUAUCUCUGCCUUGUAAAAAAAAAAGGGGGGGGAGAGACAAAGUCUGCACAUCUUUGCACCUGUUGUAAGACUGACAUCAAAAAUUCAUAUACCUAUGCCUAAAGUGGCUGAUUUCCACAGAAAGAACUCUGUUUUAUUUAGAUACUAUCUGCCAUUCCGAUGUCCAAAGCCUGAACAAAGCUUAUGCAGGUUGUUUCCACAUCUAGAUUGCGUCCGCUAUGUGUACUGGAAAUAAAACUAAUCUAAGUUCCUAAAUAAUUUUA